AAGGAGAAGUGGAUUCAAACUGCAGGAAAACUGAUCCAACUUAAGCAUUAGGAAGAACCUAAACAUUAGGAAGGGGGGGAUCUAAAGUAAAUUUUAAAAAGGAGAAGGGGGCCCUUAAGGUUUCUUAUUCCUACAUCUCUGGAAACAUCAGAUUUCCUCUUGCCUUUCCUAGAAAUGUUUUGUAAGAGAUGGAAUAAACAGAGAGAGAGGAAGAGAAAAAUGUCAUCAAAAUGGGAAAACUUGGCUUUGGAAGCUGAUUGGUAGCAAAGCCCUUUGUUACCCUUAGCAGCUAUAGUUUUCCACAUCCCCAUCACGGUUUCACGUGCACAAGAAUUGCCAUCUUUUAUUGGAAACACUCCCCUGGUUCACUGGCAACCACAUGCACCCUUCUGCUUGUAAAACCAUCCCAUCUGGUCCCUGGAUCUCCUGCAGUUGGCAGCUGGCAGGGCGACGGAGAAGCCCUUACAAUGGAGCCUGUUCUGGUUGCCAGAUGGGAAAUCAUCUUGCCAGCCAUCCUGUGUCUUGCAGAAGCAGCACCCAUAGGUCCCGUGAUCACAGAGGGAAGAACUGAAGAAUUGAAGUCAACCUUCCCCAUCAGCAUCAGCGGUGAGACGGCAGCUAUGAAAACAAACCCUCCACCAUGCAUAAUGGACACUAAUGUGACUUAUACUGUAACUGCCAUCUCUAAAGGAUACAAAAUCUCAUUUGCUGCAACAGUGAUUGUUUCAGAUAAGACCGUACUCAGUUCUGGAGGAUGUGGCACUAUUAGCCUUCAAAUCCCUUUGCCCAUCGUUGGAGCCCCUAACACAACUAUUCUUGAUACAACCACACAAGGGACUAUUUCAGGAGGGUCUUUUGUCCUUAAUACAACCAGCCUUGGUGCCUCCUCCUCUCCUUUUGAAGAUACCACUAAAAAUGCUCCCCCAAAUAUUAUCAACACCGUUUCUGCAAAGACUCCUUCCAUAUUAGACACAACAAUGGUGGCUCAUAAAACUACUACAGCCCAAAAUGGAGCUUUGACUAUGGAUAUGUUUGAUUUUCCCAAGCAACCCCUCUCUGAUCAGGAAGAUGUUAGUACACAACAAAUGCUAGGAACAGAAAGUCCUGUUGGUACAAUUACUGGGAAAACAAGCUUCUCAGGCCAGGAAGAUACCACCAUCACUCCCACACUUAGAGAGCCUUCAUCCGAUCCUCAAGAGAAUCCUGCAACAUGCUACCUGGACUGUGAUGGUUUCCCAGCAUGGGCUACAGUUCUUAUUUGCUUGACAACAACAUUCCUCCUUUUUACGCUUGUCGGUCUCCUGUUUUUGGUUCCUUACUGCAUGAAGUUCAGGAAUCCUCCUGCAAUGACGUAUAAUUCAUCCCCUCGAUAUUCUGCUUAGCAUUUUUCCUCUGCAAUAUUUUGAGAUGAUUUAAUACUAGUGAAAAACUAUACAGAAGUCUCACUAAUCACUAUAAUGUUUCCAAGUUGUCAUUAAAAUUGUUUUUGAAGUGGAGAUGGAUAAUCAUAAAUACUGGUUAGCACCUUACUAAUCAGUUAUGACUUUGUAGCUGUUUCCCAUUCCCAUUUAUCAUGACGGUACCAUUGGCAUGAUCAUGAAGGCCCCUAAAGCCCACUUUAAAAUCUAGACAGAUGUAUCAAGGGAAAGAAUUCUGCAGUACCAGCAAGCAGGGUGCUGAAGGAUCAUAUGUCUAGGCCACUCCCACCAGUGAGCCACAGUGCAAUGUCAGAAACAGGAACCACCUCAGGAUCUUCUCACAAUUCCUCACACUAUAGCUGGUAGAAGGGGGCUGGGUAGCUAGAGGAGUUGAAGGCCAAAACAUCUGGGGACCCACAGGUUGAGAACCAUUGCUCUAUGUCUUCCUACCUUGACCUCUCAGUGAUAUUAAUUGAUACUCUUAGAAAUACUCUAACUCUUCUUCUUUCCUUGAAUACUCUCUCAAGCUUCGAAGAUGUAGCUAGGUUAGAUCAGCUCCUGAGUAACCUUCCCAUCUUAGAAUGGACCUCCUACA